AUCACCAUCCAGUCAAGAAAAUGAGACAACCUACUGGUUUUCUGCGUUUUCUACUGGGAGUUUUAGCUUGUUUCUGCAUUUCCAUGGUGGAAGCUGAAGACCCAUACAGGUUUUACAACUGGGUAGUCCAGUAUGGAACUAUUUCUCCUCUUGGCGUCAAACAACGGGGAAUCUUGAUCAACGGACAAUUCCCGGGACCUGAGAUUAACGUUAUUACUAACGAGAAUGUGAUUGUUAAUGUGAUUAACAAGCUUGACGAGCCUAUACUGUUCACAUGGAAUGGAAUCAAACAGAGAAAGAGUUCAUGGACGGAUGGAGUUCUGGGGACGAACUGUCCGAUUCUCCCAAACACAAACUGGACUUACAGAAUGCAGAUGAAAGAUCAGAUUGGGACUUAUUCAUAUUUCCUGUCAACUCAGUUGCAUAGGGCCGCCGGCGGUUAUGGAGCUCUCAACAUCAUCCGCCGCUCUGUCAUUGCAAUUCCGUACCCUGAACCCUCCGGCGUUUAUACUCUCAUCGUCAGCGACUGGUGGAACACUGAUCACAAGCAACUGCAAAAACAACUGAAUACCGGGAAGCCUUUCCCUUCCCCCAAUGGCCUUCUUAUCAAUGGACGCCCAAAUUCUGUCACCUUUACAGGCAAACGAGGGAGCACAUAUAUGGUGAGGGUGUCAAAUGUGGGCAUGACAACCUCAAUUAACUUUAGGAUCCAGAACCAUAAACUGAAACUGGUGGAAGUUGAAGGCAGUCACACGAUGCAAGACCAGUUCGAUUCAUUCGACAUCCAUGUCGGCCAAUCCGCGGCGUUCCUGGUCACCUUAAACGCAGAUGUUAAGGAUUAUUACAUUGUCGCAUCCAGUCGUUUCGUAAAGCCAAAUAUCACAGCAUCUGCAAUCCUUCACUACGAUGGAUCUGUAACCAAGGUCCCCGGAAACUUGCCGGAUCCUCCCGCCGGCCAAUAUCACUGGUCAAUGCGACAAGCCAGAACUCUUAGGUGGAAUUUGACGGCGAAUGCUGCGAGGCCGAACCCGCAAGGAUCGUACCAUUACGGGACGAUUCCGAUCACGAGGACACUGGUGUUGGCAAACACAAAAGAAAACAUAGGCGGCGUAACACGUUAUGCUGUGAACAAGGUGUCGUACGUUAACCCGACAACGCCGUUGAAGCUGGCAGAUUGGCUCAACAUCCCCGGAAUUUUCACCGUGAACGCAAUCAAGGAUACACCUCCGGCCGGCACGGCCGUUCAUGGAGUCAGCGUCUUCGGUCUUGAGCUUCAUGACUUUGUGGAGAUCAUAUUCCAGAACAAUGAGAAAACCCUCCAGUCUUAUCACCUUGAUGGCCAAGAUUUCUGGGCUGUCGGGUAUGGGGGUGGUGUUUGGGACCCUAGCUUGAGGAAAAAAUACAAUCUGGUUGAUGCCACAACUAGAUACACCGUGCAGGUGUAUCCGAAUUCUUGGACAGCAAUAUUGGCGUCUUUGGACAACAAGGGAAUGUGGAAUCUAAGGUCUUCAGUUUGGCCAAGGAACUACCUAGGACAGCAAGUGUACCUUAGAGUGUGGAACAAUGAACACAGUUUAUACACCGAAAACGACAUGCCACCAGACACUUUACUCUGUGGCAAGGCUAAACUAAGCUAAGCUAGUCAAAUGAAGAUACACUAAAACACCCAGGAUGGAUUCCAGUUACGAGAGUGUGACUGUCUGUAAGAAAAAUUGAAACAUGUUCCAUUUUAUCAUCAUAUUUCAAAAAUUUGUUUGGUUGGUUGGUUAGUUAAACAGGUUCAUUCUUAUCAAUGAAGCUUGUCUUUAAUUUGGUGUUUUUUUAAUUAGCAGUUAUUCUUGAGCCCAUGAAUCUUUGUCUAGCCCGAUACUGUAUCAAAUUAUAUAAAUGUACCAUUUAUUGUAUGGCAUUUCAAUGAAUAAUACGAAAAUAUUCAUAUGUUCAAA